UCCAGUUUCCACUUUUUCAUUAUCUUUGGCAAGUUUUCUUAGACGUUGACUUGAGAACAUUUCUAGAAAAAUAAAUAAAAUCCCUAAAUUUGUCUAACUGGUUUUUGAGAUGGCCAAAAAACUAGAGCUCCACUGAUAGGCAAAACCAAAUUAAUGGCGAUCUCAUCUGUAGAAGAAGAUUGCAGUGAGUCUUCAACUGAAAUUCCAUUACUUGUAGAGAGAUCAAGUGUGAUAGAAGGUGUAGUAAAUUACACCGGAGAGAAAGUAAUAAAUAGAUCAAAAUAUGGUGGAUGGAAAUCAGCUUCGUUCAUAAUUGGUGUUGAAAUUGCUGAAAGAUUUGCUUAUUAUGGUAUUUCAUCAAACCUAAUAACAUAUCUAACUGGUCCACUUCAUCAAUCAACUGUUGUUGCUGCUGAGAAUGUUAAUAUUUGGUCUGGUGUUGCUUCAUUACUUCCUUUACUUGGUGCUUUUGUUGCUGAUUCAUAUCUUGGGAGGUUUCGCACAAUUCUCUUCUCUUCACUCCUUUACCUUCUGGGGCUUGGAUUGUUGACAAUGUCAGCUUCAUUAGUAACUCUAACAGACUGCGAGAAGGAUACGUCUUGUUCUUCGUCUAAUUUACAAGUGAUUUUCUUCUUUUCAUCUCUCUAUUUGGUGGCAAUUGCUCAAGGUGGGCAUAAACCAUGUGUUCAAGCUUUUGGAGCUGAUCAAUUUGAUAGGCAUGACCCGGAAGAAUUUAAAUCUAAGAGUUCAUUCUUUAAUUGGUGGUACUUUGGAGUCUAUGGUGGUACGGCCGUUUCGCUUUCUUUCUUGAAUUACAUUCAGGAUAACUUGAAUUGGGUUCUUGGUUUUGGGAUUCCUUUGAUUUCUAUGGCAAUAGCACUUGUUAUUUUCUUGCUUGGGAUGAGGAGUUAUCGGUAUAGUUUUACAGAUGAUAAGAGAAGCCCGAUUGUGAGAAUUGGUCAAGUGUUUGUUGUAGCUGCAAGGAAUUGGAGAGUUACUACUCCUGCCCUUGAAGAGGAAGGGUGCCAAAUGACAUUGGAUCGCGUUGGUUCUCACCAGUUCAGAUUCCUUCACAAAGCUCUGAUUCCUACAACACGUGAUUCUGGUUGCGAUCAAAAUGGAUGUAGCAUCACACAAGUGGAAGAAGCCAAGGUGGUACUGCGGUUAGUUCCCAUAUGGAUUGCAUGUUUAAUGUAUGCAGUGAUAUUUGCACAAUCCUCGACCUUCUUCACCAAGCAAGGUAGUACCAUGGAUAGAUCAAUAGGAUCGAACUUCGAAAUACCAGCUGCAUCCCUUCAGACCCUUAUAAGCUUAUCGAUUGUUCUCUUCAUUCCCAUAUAUGAUCGCGUCUUGGUUCCUAUCGGAAGAGUUGUAACUGGAAAGCCAUCUGGGAUAACAAUGCUUCAGAGAAUUGGAUGUGGGAUGUUUGUAUCUGUAAUCUCCAUGGUUGUUGCAGCUAUAAUUGAGAAGAAAAGGCUUCAAACUGCUAUUGAUUCUGGGUUGAUCGACAUGCCGAAAGCAACGGUUCCCAUGAGUGUAUGGUGGUUGGCCCCUCAAUAUGUUCUGUUUGGAAUUUCUGAUGUUUUCACAAUGGUUGGUCUACAAGAAUUCUUCUACGAUCAAGUGCCAGACGGGUUGAGGAGUGUUGGUCUCUCUCUUUACUUGAGCAUUUUCGGCAUUGGGCACUUCCUUAGUGGAUUCCUCAUCUCUACUAUUGAAAAUGUAACUGGUCAAGAUAGUUGGUUUUCUAACAACCUUAAUCGGGCUCAUCUUGAUUAUUACUACUGGCUUCUUGCUGGACUUGGCAUAAUCGAGUUUGCAGCCUACAUGUAUUUUUCGAAGUCAUAUUUGUAUAAUACAGGAGCUUCUAAGUAAGGCAUAGGUACUAAUGCACAUAUUUAUAAUGUAUACAGGGGAUUAAGUAAACCAUGAGUUGUCAGUUGCGACAACAGAAAUACAAGGUUUAUCAUG